UACAACCACCCUUAUUCUCUUGCUUCAAUUAUUGAAGUGAAAAAGUAAUGAAAAAUCAGACUCCAUUGGAAAAAAGACAGUUUGCAAACACAGUUGUAUCAAUUACAAGUAAGAGCACUAGCAAAAGAGAGAGAGUUUGAGAGAAAUCACAGGUCAUUUCUUGUUUGCAAAUUACUCUUAGCAUUCAGCAGAUUUCAGAAAUGGAGGUAGUUGGCGGUGCAUUUCUCUCUUCAGCUUUGAAUGUUCUAUUUGAAAGGCUUGCUCCUCACGGUGAUCUUCUCAACAUGUUUCGGAAGCAUAAGGAUCAUGUUCAGCUCUUAAAGAAGCUGAAAAUGACUUUGCGUGGUCUUCAGAUUGUGCUAAGUGAUGCAGAGAAUAAGCAAGCAUCAAAUCCAUCUGUGAGCGACUGGCUUAAUGAGCUUCGAGAUGCAGUGGACUCUGCUGAAAACUUAAUAGAACAAGUCAAUUAUGAAGCUUUGAGGCUUAAGGUGGAAGGCCAACAUCAAAAUCUAGCAGAGACAAGCAACCAGCAAGUAAGUGACCUCAACCUGUGCUUGGGUGAUGAUUUCUUUCUUAACAUAAAGGAUAAGUUGGAAGAAACCAUUGAAAUAUUGGAGGUGUUGGAAAAGCAAAUUGGUCGCCUUGGCUUAAAGGAUCAUUUUAGUUCACCUAAACAAGAAAAUAGAACACCUUCAACUUCUUUGGUUGAUGAUUCUGAUAUCUUUGGAAGGAAGAAUGAUAUAGAGGAAUUGAUUGACCGUUUAUUGUCUGAAGAUGCAAGUGGAAAAAAGCUGACUGUAGUUCCUAUUGUUGGAAUGGGCGGCCUGGGUAAGACAACACUUGCUAAAGCCGUUUACAAUGAUGAGAGAGUGCAGAAACAUUUUGUUUUGAAAGCUUGGUUUUGUGUUUCUGAGGCAUAUGAUGCUUUCAGAAUAACAAAAGGGUUACUUCAAGAAAUUGGCUCAACUGACUUGAAGGUUGAUGACAAUCUUAACCAGCUACAAGUCAAAUUGAAGGAAGGAUUAAAGGGAAAGAAGUUUCUUCUUGUUCUGGA